CAAAAUAAGAUCAUAAAUUGGAAUAAAUACCCAAAGAGUAUUUUAUUAUUUUUUAUUUUUUUUGUCAAGUUAUUAUAUUACUUCAUUAUUUUAUUAACAAAAAAAUUUCUUUCCAAAAAUGACGCGAGGACAUUCAUUAGUUAAAGAUCUGAGUAUGUUAAUUGAUAAUUCAAAAUAUAGUGACAUUGAAAUUAUAUGUGAAGAUGGUGUUAAAAUUUAUGGAUGUAAAGCAAUUCUUGCUUCUAGGUCUGAAGUGUUUGAUAGAAUGCUUUAUAAUGGAAUGAAAGAGAGUUAUGAAAAACAAAUUUUUUUUCCGGAAAUUAAUUCAUCAUCUAUGAAAGUUGUCAUGGAAUUUUUAUAUACUGGACGCAAUGUUGGUGAUUUAUUAACAAGUGAUAAUAUUGUUGGAACUUAUCAUGCGGCUGAUUAUCUUCAACUUCCUGAUCUUCAAGAUUCUAUUGUUGAAACUCUUAAGGAAUCUUUAAAUCAACGAUAUUAUGGUGUCGUACCAGAAUUGUUAUCUGAAUCUAUUGAAAAGAUGUCUGAGUCUGCAGAAAAUUCUUUUCUUUCGUUAUUAACAGAAUCUGUUGCUAAAAUUUCAUUAAAUACUAUCGAUUAUAGUAGACUUUCAUUUGAAGCAUUUCAAUAUUUAUUAUCAUACACUUUUAAUAAAGAGAAACCUUUCGCUACACCUGAAUAUGAGGUUUUAAGAUUUGGAGCAAUCCGUGCGGCGUAUCAAAUCUCAAAUGAUGCUGCAACUUCACUUAAGAUUAGAUUACCAACUUUAGAAAAGAUGGGUUGUCCUAGAAAAAUAGAUUCAAAAAUAUAUGAUGGUGAAUUUAUUAUUAAUCGUUCAAAGAUUGCUGAAUUAUUGACGAAUUUAGUUGAUCUCAUUGAUUUUAGACGUAUUGAUGGAAAAAUUUUAAAAGAAAUUAUUGAUCCAUUAGAAAUAGUUCCUGUUGAUGUGAUUAUUAACGCUUAUCGCUUUUUAAUUAAAAAUAAAAAUUUGCCCGCUACUAGAGGGAUUCCUUACACGGAUGAUAAAUCAGGAUAUGUCUGGGAUAAACAAGCUAGUGGUUCUCAAUUAUCUGUUGAAAGGAAUGGUGCAGUAGUUAGGGCUAUAAGAGGAUGUUUGACACAUCAAAAUGUUAGAGCGAGCAUCGAAAUAUUUGAUUUAGGUAUUUAUGAAUGGGAUGUUAUUAUUGAAAAAAGUUGCACCUAUGCUUGGAUAGGAAUUUGUUCAUCAGAAGAAUUUAAUUAUGAAUGUUUUGUUGGAGUUCAAGCAAGUGGUUGGGUCUUUGGAUCAAAUGGACUAUGUUAUAAUAAUAAUCAUUGCAUAAAUUAUGGUACGACUUUUGGUGAAGGAGAUAUAAUCACCGUUCAUUUAAAUAUGGAUAAUAGAACUUGCGCAUUCUCUAUUAAUGGUAAAAAAUUUCCUACGGUUUGUUCUUGGACGAAUCUUCCACCAAAAGUGUAUCCUAUGGUAUCAUUAAAAUAUCCUGGAAAGUUUCGAAUUCAACGUCAUUAAAUUUUUGGUUUUUUUUUUGUUAUUUUAUUUUCAUAUGAAAUUUCAUUAACAAUUUUUUUUUUGUAUAAUUAUGAAACACUUUCAAUC